UCCCAUCCUUACUCCCUACGAAACCCGACAAGCAGUAACGACAAUGACUCAAUGAGUCGACACGGAAUACCAAACCAAAAAUGGUGUUAAGUAACGCAACCCGUUCCUUAUUCAUCUUCAUCUUCAUCUUCAUAUAGGAGAGAGAAAUUCCAAAUUAGCCGGAAAUUUCUGCUGCACUUUCCGAUCUCCAUUCCCAAAAAAAUCAGCUUAUAAUUCUGAAAGAGAUGUUUGACUUUUGAUGGGGUCGAAUCUUCUUGCUAUUACAUUUUCAACCCAAAAUUGUUGAGAAGAUUUGUAGGGUUUGUUUAGGGGAUUUCUGGGUUUUCAUUUUCAUGGAGUUUUCAUGGCUAAAUUGUUUUCGAAUUACCCUUUUUCUUCUCCUUAUUGCCGCCAUUGCCACAGCUUGUUUCACCCUUCCUGUUGAAAAGAUAUUAAGGGAUUUCCUGUUGUGGGUGGACCAAAAUCUUGGCAGUUGGGGACCUCUAGUUCUGGCUGUUGCAUACAUACCUCUUACUAUUCUGGCAGUUCCAGCUUCAGUGCUCACGCUUGGUGGUGGCUAUCUUUAUGGUUUGCUUCUGGGCUUUGUGGCUGAUUCUAUAGGUGCUACAUUGGGGGCAACUGCGGCUUUUCUUUUGGGAAGAACCAUUGGAAGGUCAUUUGUUAUUUCCAAAAUAAAGGAUUACCCUAAGUUUCGAGCUGUUGCUAUUGCUAUACAGAGAUCUGGCUUUAAGAUUGUCUUUCUUCUGCGGCUUGUUCCUCUACUUCCAUUUAAUAUAUUGAACUACCUCCUGUCUGUAACUCCUGUUUCGCUGUGGGAAUAUAUCCUGGCUUCUUGGUUGGGGAUGCUGCCUAUAACACUUGCAUUGGUGUAUGCUGGAACAACUCUCAAGGAUCUUUCAGAUAUCACGCAUGGAUGGCAUGAGUUUUCCCCCUCCCAUUGGGUAUUUCUUGUAGCAAGUGUUGUGGUUUCAGUGAUAUUGAUGAUUUGUGUAACUAAAGUCGCAAAAAGUGCUUUAGAGAAAGCACUGGCUGAAAAUGAGAAUGAAGAUGACCUGUCCUGCUCCGAGCUGCCCAUCUCAGGUGAACAGCUUGGGGAUCUUCAACAGCCUCUCAUUGUUAAGACAGAUUCGUCCAUGGAUAACCUUCAUUAGUGAAAUAGCUGCAUUUGACGUUCCUACACUUUGUACAGCCUUAAGUUUACAUUUCCCUUCAGCAAUAUCUUCGUUUGUGUAUAGCGUUUUCAUUAAUGCUGAAAUCAGAAUUACUAAUUUGAGAUGGUAAGGAUUUUGCUGGACCAGUCAUGCUAUUUGCUCGCGAUUGACGAAAAUGAAAGAUGAGGUUAAUCAAGAUAUUGCUGAAAGUGACCAUUUUCUUCGAACUAGGGUAUUAGCUAAUUGUUAGUUGGUUAUUAACACUAUCUGAUGUCAAACGUUUCCUUACCCUUCCCUUUUUCUCCUACUGUAACACACACACACACACACACAUUUUUCUCUUUUUACUUCGUAAUUCUGCUGACUAUUGUAAUUAACACUUUGCUAUUAAAAGAAAUGUUCAAAAGAAAAA